AUGGUCUCAAACGCGAAGCUCCGACGUAUUGAUUCAAUCUGGGAAAACGGAUACGGUGUCAUUUGUUUACAAAUCAGUCACAGUGUCUCCGAUGAAGAAGCGUUUGUUCGAGAAGCUGCCCUCAUUGAAGCGCUGAAACUAGAAAAUUUGACCAAUAUGAAGGGUGGCGAAUGGCGCGGUAAGAGCAAAUCUUGGACGCCAGCUAUGAAAGCA